GCGUGAAGACUUCAAGAUUCUCCCACUCUAAAUUUAUUGUUAAUUGAAAAUUACUUAAUUAUGAGUUUAAUUGAAAUAUAAAUUUCCCAUUUUUCAAAAAGAAUUCCUGUUUAUGGUAAUAACUGAACUGUCUGAGGUAACAUGAACAAAGGUUUAUGGUGUUUUGUGUUAGUUUGUUCUUUAACAUCCGCCGUGUACGGCGGAGUGAAUCAGCUCAUUUCAUUUUUUCUGUCAGCAAAACUUUGUCGGCUAAUUUGUAUUAAAUAAAUCUUUGAGCUCUGUCUAUUCCUUUCAACUGCUUCAACUUCAAGCCAUGAGAUGAGACGACUAUUAACUUUCUUCUUGUUUGGAAAAGGUCUUUAGUCCACGCAUGCCUUAUUUUCUGCCGCCCCCAUUUGCUUGUUUCUUAUAUUAACUUCCUCCGCCAUUCUCUCUUAAACUCUAUUUCUCCUCGAAAGUUUCUUCCUUUGUGUCCAUUCCAUGUAAAUCACCUGUCUUAAAAAUGGUGGGAACCUCUGUUGUUGCUGUUGCUGCCGUGUCUAUUGCAGUUCUUGCAUUGUUACUUACCGGAUUGUACUUUUGGAAGCAGCGACGGGGGGGUAUUGUUGAAUCGGAAACUAUUGGGAAGUUACAGAGUGUGGAAAGUUCUCAACAGAGAUCAGGUUCUGGGGCUUUGAAGCUUCAUCACCAAUCUGAAUCAGAGGGAAAAAGGAGACUCAGUAAUUUUUACCCUCGUGGGGUUUCUCAAAAGACUUUGUUCAGUUGGGACGACAGCCCUUCGCUCGUUAACGAUGCGGUUGAAAAUGGAUGGACCCAAUUCGCUUUUACGGACUACACGUCGUCUUCUCCAACUUCAAGAUCCCGAUUGUUGGGUUUAUGUUCGGCCAGUGAGAUCGAGAAGGAGAUACCUGAUACGGAGAUUAGCUGGGAAGUGAGUCCAGGAUCGGCUGAUUUUAUGCAAAAGAUUAGGCUUAAUUCUGGGUUUAAGAAGAUAAUUAACAAUACAAUCUCUUCUUAUCCUGCUUCCUCUGUAAUCAGAACCGCUCUCCCAUUGCCGGGACCUCCACUGGCUUCCUUCCCUCAAGAAGCGUAUUUUGAAAUCACGAUUCUGAAUAUUUCCGGCGAUGAAAAUGAACCCACCGGAGCCGCGAAAGAAGGGGAGAGAAUCAAACUGAUACCCGAGAAUCAUAGCUCGAAGGCGAGUUCAGAGUCUCUGGCCUAUUUUACAUCGAAUAACAAAGUUAGCAACGUUGAGGAAUCAAAGCUCAAUCGGAAAGGACAAGAGGAUGAAAUAGUUGAAGAUUUGAUGUUAUCCGUUGGGCUAAUUUCUGGUGGCUCCGCCCCUUCUAAACUUCCCGGCAGCUAUUCGGGUAGCAUCGGAUUCAACUCCAAUGGCUCAGUCUAUCUCGAUGGAAUAAAAUUAGUGUUUGAAUCCGAAAAAGCAGAUUGGGGAAGGCCGGAGAAAGUGAUCGGAUGUGGGUUUGAUCCAAAACAAAAGAAAGUGUUCUUCACGGUGGAUUCAGAAUUAGUGCACGUAAUUAAUUGCAAGUCAGAGGAAUUUGGGAGCCCACUUUACCCGACUCUGGCGGCCAACGGAGACGUUACAGUUUUGGUAAAUUUGGGGCAAAGUGCUUUCAAGUAUAUACCAGCUCAAAGAACUCCAAAUCCAUGUUUCGUAAGUCCGCUUGUGAAUAAUACCGGUGGUUUCCAUGGAAAUGGGUAUGAAGAUAGCAGAGAGCUUUUCUCGAUGGGAAUGAUCGAUUCUCAGUGGUUUAGUCGGCUGACACCGAAACCCAGCAACAAUCUUGUUGGCGAUAAUCGAGAGGACGAUGAGUUGUCCAAUGAUAUGGAAAGUUGCGAUGAAAUUGAACUUUUUGAAAUUGUUGUGGAAGAUGAGGAACGGAUUGGAAGUAAAACGUAGAAGAAUUUGGUUAUGCGUUUUUAAACUGUUUUAACUAAUCUCGGCCAAUUUCAAAAAGUGAGAUCUGAAUUGCCCGAAAGAGAGAAGAGGAAAAUGUAGUUAAAGGAGAAAGAACUGAAUUGAUAUGAGUUUGUGUUAAUUCUUUUGAUUAUUUGGAUUGGGUGAAGGUUUGUUCAUAUGAUUCCCAUCUCUCCCUUCCAAUUUGUGAGUAAAUUCGGCUUCUCCAGCGGAACGGCAGCGGCAAGAUCAUCACACUGCCGGCUUCUUUGUGAUACGAUUUCUAUUAUUCAAUAACUGAAAGUAUUGCUUGAAUCUUUUGUUGCGUAGUUGACGAUUUGUUGCAUUACAAACAACAAUGAUAAAACAAAUAUGGAAGGUGAAGGGUUUGAAUUUGUUUAGGGUACAUAGGUUCAACUAUGGCGUUUGUAGUUAUACGUUCCUUUAAUUAAAAGUCGAUUCAUCCUA